AUGUAUAUAGAUCCUCAUAGAAUGCUUAAUAUAUAAAAUAAUAUAUAUAUUUAAUAAUAAAUGGAUUCUUUUUAAAUUUACAAAGCAUAUAUUCCUAAAGGAAAUAAUGAUGUAUUGAUUAGAACUUGCUUAAAAAAAAGAUUUUGGUGGUCUUUAAUAGAAAAGAAUAAUAAAAAAACAAAUCUUAUAUGGACAGAAAUAAAACAAAGAAAUUUUUAUAAAUAAAAAGAUAAAAAAAGUGAAAAAAAGCUCGAAAUAAAUGAAGAAGAAGAAGAAGUUAAAUAAAAAGAUGAAAAAAGUUAAAAAAUAUAUGAAAAAAAUAUAAAAAAAGAAGAAACUUUUAAAAUAAAAAAAGAAAAUUAAGAAAAUAUAAAAAUUUAAAUAAAAAAUUUAACAGGAAAUAUAAAUUUAAAAUUUCCUGUUUUUUAUAAAUAUUAUUAAAUUCCAAAUGAAGAUUUUUUUAUGGAAAAAAAUAUAAAAAUUAAUCAAAAAAAAGCUUAAAAAAUUAAUUUACAUAAUCAUUUGGAGAAUAAUUUUUUAUUAGCAAAUAAAAAAAAUCUUUUAAAAACUUUAAAAAAAUUUUAUAGUUUGAAAUAAGAAAAUCCUUUUGAUUUUAUUCCUUUAAGCUUUUGUAUAAAAAAUGGACAGAAAAAAAAUGAAUUUUAGUCUUUUUAAAAAUAUUUUAAUACAUAAAAAGGAAAAAAUAUAUGGAUAGUUAAGCCAGGAGAAAGUUCAAAUAAAGGAAAUGGAAUUAAAAUUAGUCAAAAGUUAGAAGAAAUAGAAAAAAUUAUAGGAAAAAAUGAAUAUAAGGGAAGCUUAAUAAUUUAAAAAUAUAUAGAAAAACCACUUUUAUAUGAAAAAGAAAGUUUGAUAUAAGAUGUUAUAUAUUAAUAACUUAUAUUAAUAAUGUAUGGAAGGGUUAUUGGUUUUAAGAAGGAUAUAUAAGGACUUCUGUUGAAGAAUUCAAUCUUGAAAAUAUUGAAAAUAAAUUAAUUCAUUUAACGAAUGAAGCGGUUUAAAAAAAUUCUGAAAGCUUUGGGAAAUUUGAAAAUGGAAACAAAAUUUCAUUUGAUGAUUUAGACGAUUAUAUUAAAAAAACAUUAUAAAAAAUAAGAUGUUUUUUAUGAAAAUAUAUAUCCUAAUUUAAAAAAAAUAGCAAAAGAUUGUAUAGAGGCUUUAUUUAUAGAAAAUUAUACUUUAAAUUCAAAAAAUAAAAAAGUUAUUCUUUUCGGUUUAGAUUUUAUUAUUGACAGUUAAUAUAAACCUUGGCUUUUAGAAAUAAAUUCUAAUCCUAGUCUUAGUAUAUGUUGCCACUUGUAAUCUAAAUUAAUACCUCUUUUGAUUGAAAAUGUUUUUUAGAUUGCAAUUGAUCCUCUGUUUCCACCACCUGGUGAUAUUAACAGUUUUAUGAAGAAGGAGAAUAUCAUAGUUAGUUUAUAUGAAUUUAAUAAAUUUGAAAUUGUAUUUGAUUAAAAUACUUAUGGUGAAUUAUUAAUUUAGAAAUAUUCUUAGGGUAUUUUAUUUAAAAUAAAAAAAUCUAUAUUUUAUAUUAUAAUUUUUAGAUUUUUAGUAAUCAAAUAAUUAACAAGAAAAUAAAAAUAGAUUUUUAUACUAAUUAAAUAAUAUGAAAAUAUAUAUUAUAUUUUGUUAUAAUAAAUUUCUUAAUUUCUUAUCUUUAAUAAUUUUUUUAAUAAAAUAUUUUUUUUAUUAUGA